AUGUCGGACCUCAAGGAGAAGCCGCCCGCCCAUGUCCGCAACGACAGCGGUGUGAGUGUCAGCAGGCCGAGCACUGCUCCUGGCCCUGUCAACUCUUUCACUGCCAAGCAAUUCGCCGACUACGAGAAGCGCCUCUCUCAGGACAGCAUCGUCAAGCCGCUCGGAGUCUACCUGUCCCGCCGUUCUCAAGAGGAUGAUCCGCCUCGUCCGGUCACGAUGCCCGGCUACGUCAACGAUGGCUUUGCGUCCAAAGAUUUCGCCGCCUACGAGAAGCGCCUCAGUGCCCUCUCCAGCGAGAAGGCGCCUGAGAUGGAGGCUGGCGAGCUGAAGGAGUCCGGAAUCACGCUCGAGCUCAACAACGCCAUCACUGUCCCCGACAAGCGUUAUCCCAAGGUCUUCCGCAACGUCCGCCACAAGAUCUUGAGCGUCUACCGUCGCAUUUCCACGCUCAUCAUUAUCGGCAACCUCAUCGCUUUGGUCCAUCUCGUCGCUACCGCCGGAUCCCCUCUGGACGUCAACCCUAGCAACCUUGCAACGGCAACCGCUGUCAACAUCUUCGGCACCAUCGCUGUUCGUCAGGAGUGGAUUGUCAACUCUCUGUAUGGAAUCUGCCUUUCGACUCCGCUGUCUUUCCCACUCCGCGUCCGCCGUCUUCUGGCCAAGGUUUACGAGAAUGGAGGCUUCCACAGUGGUACUGCCUACGCCGGCACAGCCUGGUUCACCUUGCUCUGCGCUACUGUCACCCGCCUUUUCAUCCACAACGAUCUGACUGCCAACCCCAUUGCACUGGUUGCUGUGGCCUAUGUCACCCUGGCGGUCCUUGUGGUCAUCCUGGUCUUCUGCUUCCCCUAUAUGCGCAUGCGCUGGCACAACCACUUUGAGUUCUCGCACCGUUUCCUCGGCUGGCUCGCGGUCGGCUGUCUUUGGGCCUUGAUCAUGCUCGUCAUCGAGAACAAGCGCGUUGCCACCAAUGUCGCCUUUGGCUCCGCUCUCAUCACUGAGCCCGCCUUCUGGUUCCUCAUCGCCAUCACCCUCAUGAUCAUCAUGCCCUGGCUGCUGCUUCGCAAGGUGCGCUUCACGAUCGAGAACUUGUCGGACCACGCGCUUCGUCUCAACUACAACGAGAAGCUCGCUCCUUUCCGUGGUGUUGCCAUUGCGGAGUCGCCUCUUGGACAAUACCACUCUUUUGCCACCUUCCCCAACCCCGAGUCCGACUUGCCCCACGGCCAGUCGAUCAUCGUUUCCAAGGCUGGAGAUUGGACGGCAUCCCAAGUCAAGGACAAGACCAAUGAGCGCCACUACUGGCUGCGCGGUGUUCCCAAGACGGGAGUUCUUGGCAUGUGCUUGAUCUUCCGCCGCGUCGUCAUCGUCACUACUGGAUCCGGCAUCGGCCCCUGCCUCGCCUUCCUCAACCUUCCCGAGAGCCUCCGCCGCCCCUGCCGCGUCAUCUGGAGCUCGCCCCGUCCGGCUGCCAUCUACGGCCAGGGCAUCUGCGAUUCGGUCAAGAAGUGCGACCCGGAUGCGCUCAUCUGGGACACCAGAGCCAUGGGCCGCCCGAACAUGGUCCAGCUCACGUACAACAUGUUCCGCGAGAGCGGUGCUGAGGCUGUGUUUGUCAUCAGCAACCCGAAGCUCACGAAGAUGCUCGUCUACGCCAUGGAGAGCCGCGGCGUCCCCGCCUUCGGUCCGAUCUGGGACUCGUAA